AUGGAUCAUGGACGGGUGGCUGCUCUAGGGGCGGCUGCUGCAGUGGCGGCUGCUCCAGGGGCAGCUGCUGUAGUGGCGGCUGCUCCAGGGGCGGGUGCUGCAGUGGCGGCUGCUCCAGGGGCGGCUGCUGCAGUGGCGGCUGCUCCAGGGGCGGCUGCUGCAGUGGCGGCUGCUCCAGGGGCGCCUGCUGCAGUGGCGGCUGCUCCAGGGGCGGCUGCUGCAGUGGGGGCUGCUCCAGGGGCGGCUGCUGCAGUGGCGGCUGCUCCACGGGCGGCUGCUGCAGUGGCGGCUGCUCCAGGGGCGGCUGCUGCAGUGGCGGCUGCUCCAGGGGCGGCUGCUGCAGUGGCGGCUGCUCCAGGGGCGGCUGCUGCAGUGGCGGCUGCUCCAGGGGCGGCUGCUGCAGUGGCGGCUGCUCCAGGGGCGGCUGCUGCAGUGGCGGCUACUCCAGGGGCGGCUGCUGCAGUGGCGGCUGCUCCAGGGGCGGCUGCUGCAGUGGCGGCUGCUCCAGGGGCGGCUACUGCAGUGGCGGCUCAGCGGCUCGGCUGCUGGACCGUUGACGGGGCCGGGUAG